AUGGCACAAGUUUCGAAAGAUGAGCUUUCGUUUGUUAAGGAAGUACCUGAUCAAAUAGAAAUUGAGUGUCCAGUUUGUCUGAAUAUCCUGACAGAUCCUCACCAGGUAAACUGCUGUGGUAGAAAUUUCUGCAAGUCUUGUAUUGAGAGAAUAAAGGAGAGUGAUGGAUCCUGUCCUAUGUGUAAAGAGGAAAGGUAUCAAUUCUUUGCAGAUAAAAAUAUCAGUCGUAUAAUUAAUGGGUUACAAGCCUAUUGUACUAAUAAAGUGGAAGGUUGUCAAUGGAAAGGAGAUUUGAAGUAUCUACCCACUCACCUUAAUAAAGGGAAGAGAGAAGGAGAGUGUCAAUACGAAGAGGUCAAAUGUCGAUAUGAUGAGUGUCUAACAAGAAAUCAACGUCAACAUCUUAAUGUUCACGAGGAGGAGUGGUGCGACCAACGACCAUACCUAUGUCAGCAUUGCUAUGCGGAAGUAUCCUACAAAAUGCCCCAACGAUUGUACAAGUUCUGUCAUGCCUCGAGAUAG